AUGCCGGAUCGAUUGGAUGAUUUUGAAGGUUUCUAUGGUCUUGAGGAGAUUGAUGAUGUGGAUGUUGUCAAGGACGACAAUGGCAUUAUUUCUUAUCGGGCUAUCAGCGACAAGGCUACCAAGAAGAGACCUGCUCCCGAAGAGUCAGAGGAUGACGGUGAGGAGUUCACUGGCUUUGACGACGAUGAUCAGGAGGAAGAUGAUAAGGCAGAAGGUGGUGCUAUGAUCGUCGAAACCGUCACGCCUAGAUCUGCUCCCGAACUUGAGGAAGGAGAAACCUGGGAGAACAGAAAGAACAAACAAAAAGAGUUGCAGAAGCAGCAACUGAAGGAGAAGAAGCAAAAAGAGAAGAAAGAGAAGAAGGAAAAGAAGCCAAAGGCAGAGAAAAAGCAGAAGGAGACUGCUGCCCAGGCCGAAAUUGAAUCCUCAACAUUUGCCAACCUCAUGGACGAGGAAGAGGACGAGGGGGUUGACAUUAGCGCAUGGCGCCCUCUGAACCUCUCGGACGACACGCUCGGGGCACUUUCGAAGAUGAAGUUCCAUCAACCAUCAGCGAUUCAGAAAGCAGCCAUUCCUGAGGUUCUGGCAGGACACGAUGUCAUCGGAAAGGCCAGCACCGGAUCUGGAAAGACACUGGCUUUCGGUAUUCCCAUUCUGGAGCGCUAUCUCGAGAUGCAGAAGAUUGCUGGAAACAACAAAAAGAAGGUCAACAGCGAGGAAGAGGCUGCUCGCAAGCCUGCCCUGGCUCUGAUCCUCUCUCCUACUCGUGAACUCGCUCACCAAAUCUCCGCUCAUCUCACAAAGCUAUGCUCUGGUCUUGAUAAAGCACCCUGGAUUGCAACACUCACUGGUGGUCUUUCCAUGGCAAAGCAGCAGAGACAACUCAAGAACGCAGACAUCAUCAUCGGUACCCCUGGACGUCUGUGGGAAAUCAUCAGCGGCGGUCAUGGUGUGCUCAAAUGGCUGAAGCAGAUUCAGUUUCUGGUCAUCGAUGAAGCCGACAGACUGCUCAGUCAGGGUCAUUUCAAGGAGCUCGAAGAGAUUAUCAAUGUCCUUGAACGCAAAGAUGACUUCCAGGCCGAGGAGCAUGAGGAUGAGGAUGAGGCGCCUGAAGAAGUUGAGGCUGUCGAGAGACAAACACUUGUUUUCUCGGCCACCUUUCACAAGGGCUUACAGCACAAGCUCGCAGGCAAGGCCAAGCCCGGUGCUGGUCUGAUGGACAAGAAGGAGAGUAUGGAGUAUCUGCUCAAAAAGCUCAACUUCCGCGAAGAGAAACCCAAGUUUGUCGAUGUCAACCCAAUCACUCAGAUGGCUUCUGGCUUGAAGGAAGGCAUGGUUGAGUGCGGUGGUACUGAGAAGGAUCUUUACCUAUAUGCACUUCUUCUGUUAAACCCCAACGCCAGAACGAUAGUCUUCUGCAACUCUAUCUCUGCCGUGCGUCGCCUGACACCAUUCUUGCAAAACUUGCAGCUCCCUGUCCAUGCAUUGCACUCUUCAAUGGCACAGAAGGCACGUCUUCGUGCCAUCGAACGUUUUACCUCCAACAACCAGAACAAGACCAACCACAAAGGGUCCAUCCUUCUCGCUACUGACGUUGCCGCCCGUGGUCUUGAUAUUCCCAACGUCAACUUGGUCAUCCACUACCAUCUCCCUCGUGCCGCGGACAACUACGUCCACAGAUCCGGUCGCACAGCCCGUGCCGGCGAAACUGGUUCCAGCAUCCUAAUCUGCGGACCCGAAGAAGUAGCCGGCGUACGCAGACUAAUCGCAAAAGUACACGCCAGUUCCGCAGCCGCAGGCGCCGAACCCGCCAACGACGCAGCAAAAAACGGCUACUUCAUCCGCAGUCUCGACAUUGAUCGUCGCGUGGUCAGCAGACUCAAACCCCGAGCAAACCUGUCCAAGAAACUCGCCGACACGACCAUAGCCAAAGAGAAGAAACACAGCGAAGACGACUUUUUGCGCCAAGCAGCUGAAGACUUGGGUGUCGACUACGACUCUGAAGAAUUUGAAAACGCACCCGGUAAGAGAGGACGAGGUGCUGGCAGAAUCAAGAAAGAGAGGGAAGCCAGAGGACUUACCAAGGCUGAGACUGGGGCGCUGAGAGCUCAGCUCAAGGAAAUGUUGAGCUCGAGGGUCAAUGUUGGUGUUAGUGAGAGGUAUUUGACUUCAAGUGGGUUGGACAUUGAUUCUCUGUUGCAGCAGCAGGAGGCUGGUGUGCAUGGAGAGUUUUUGGGUACUGUUGCAGACCUUAUGGAUUAG